UAUUCCUAAAUCCUCCAAUUUGUUUUCUUAGUACUUAAAACCAUUUAUGCAGCAAACCCAGGAAGUCGGGUAUGGACUAUUUAAAGAUUUCUAGAACCGCCGAGUAGAACGGAAGUCUUAAGGGAUGAAGUACGCCAGAGACGUCCCGGUGCUUUGAGGAUGCAUACCAAGGGGCGGGGUCUAAAUCGGAAUUUGUAAAUCAGGGCCGAAGUCCAACUGAUGAAGGGCGGAAGUAGAGUGUCUAGCUGCAGUCAUGGCGCAGGAAGAGGAAGAUGUUAGAGACUACAAUUUGACUGAGGAGCAGAAGGCGAUCAAGGCCAAGUAUCCUCCGGUUAAUCGGAAGUACGAGUAUCUGGAUCAUACAGCGGAUGUCCAGUUACACGCAUGGGGAGAUACUCUGGAGGAAGCAUUCGAGCAAUGUGCAAUGGCCAUGUUUGGUUACAUGACAGAUACGGGGACUGUGGAGCCCCUCCAAACAGUGGAAGUAGAAACACAAGGAGAUGACUUGCAGUCUCUCUUGUUUCACUUUUUGGAUGAGUGGCUUUAUAAGUUCAGUGCCGAUGAAUUCUUCAUACCCCGGGAAGUAAAAGUACUUAGUAUUGAUCAAAGAAAUUUCAAAUUACGGUCAAUUGGGUGGGGAGAAGAAUUCUCAUUGUCCAAGCACCCUCAGGGAACUGAAGUUAAGGCAAUAACAUAUUCAGCAAUGCAGGUCUAUAAUGAAGAGAAGCCACAAGUUUUUGUGAUCAUUGACAUCUAAGAUACAAAAAACAAACGAACAAGCAAAGCCUCCUAUGAAGAACUGUGUUUUCUCUUCCUUUUGAGAAGAUAUCAUGAUAUAAAUUCUACAGUAUCUGACGAUACAUGAUGAUGUGCAGAACAGAAAUUUUUGACUUAAAAGUGUAACUUUCACAAAUGGAAAAUCAAGGCAUAGCCUUGGUUUAUUAACCAAAUAUUCAAAUGCUAAAAAAUUCUUCAGGUGGCAAGUAUGGUUCCUGAUUUAUUCCCUGCUGUGGCAGCAGGGGCUCACGUCCCUCCAGUGGAAUGCCAGCACUCCAGCCUGGUCCCAAAGUGGAUUGUAUUGACGCUUCCUUGUUUUCCCAUAAGAAAAACCUAAUGCCCUUACAAAUGAGCCCUUCCUUCUAACAUGUAAUUUUAUAUUAAAGCCAGUCUAUUUAUACAGUUAGAGAAGAACACUAGUGUGUGAGAUAAACAUCGAUUGGUUGCCUCUCACACACUCCCAACCAGGGACCUGGCCCGCAACCCAGGCAUGUGCUCUGACUGGGAACCUAACCAACGACCUUUGGGUUCACAGGCUGGCGCUCAACCCACUGAACCGCAGCAGCUGGGGUGGGAAUUUUUAAAAAUUUAUUGGUUUUUUAAAAAUUACCUAAGCUCUUUAUUUCUAAGGAGACAGGAGUCAAAGAAAAGAACUUUAGAAUGAUCUGAACUUUUCAAAGUUGAUGACUUUAAAAAAAUGAAACUGCUUUGGUUUGAUUUGCAAACUUACUCUUUUCAUUAAUUGAGGUAUUCUUUCUUGUGAUACAAGGGUUUGCAAAGUUUCUAUUUAUUCACCCAAACAUAAGAAGAGAUUGCCACUGGUGGUGCUAAAUAUUACAGUAGGCUGAACUUGACCUAAGAGGAAGAGAUGGUGAGCUUUCCAAGUGUUCUGUCUGAGCACUGCAUUAUUUUCCCUGGGUAUUUAAAAGAGUGGGACUAAUGACAGCUAGGCAAAGAGCCUGUAGCUCUUCAAAUUAAUACCUAGCAGGAUUGAUGGGGUAGUGCUUCUUAACCUUCUUUAAUCUUAGGCACAUUUUGCAAAUCUGGAUUGUGACUCUCCAAGCAAAAAAAUGUCUAGAAUUUCUGCCUUUUGUUAGGAUGAAUUUCCAGAUGGGGGGCGGGCUCUUUUUUUUCAUAGACCCCUUUGCACAUCAUGGGCUACUUGGGGGGUUGAUUGUGAAAAUAAACAAGGGGGUACCGUGAGGGCAGUGGGAGAGCCACAACUGUAGAAUAAGAUCUCUAGGGAUGGAUUAAGCUAGGUAGUGUAUAAACCUGACUAGGAGGAAAAGCACAGCUGUUUCUGUUACCAACAAUGCUAUAUAAUGGAGUUCAGUGAAAAACCAAGUCAAAUGUUAUGCAAUACAAAUUGUUUCUUUUUAUUUAUGAUAAAUAUAUAAUUUUUCACAA